UUAUAUAGCCUUCUCUCUGUAAGGGAGACACAUUCGAUCAACAAGCAGCUACAGCUUUUAUUCACGGACCAGCGAUGCCAUUGUUGAUUCUCAGUGGACUGCCAUCAAGUGGAAAGACAAGGAGGGCACAGGAGCUCAAGUCGUUCUUGGAGAGUCGUCUUGCUACUCAGACACAGGACGAUUCAGCAGCCAAACCAAAGGAGUACCGCAUCCAUAUUUUGAAUGACGAAUCACUGAACCUCAGCAAGCACGUUUCCUACAACACAGCUGCGGACGAAAAGAAGGCGCGGGGCGCACUCAUGUCAGCAGUGGAGAGGUUCUUGUCGAAGGACGAUAUUGUGAUUGUCGACAGUUUAAACUAUAUCAAGGGUUUCCGCUACCAGCUUUACUGUGUCGCACGAGCCAUUGGAACACCCCACUGUGUGGUGUUCUGUGCAUGCCUUCCUGAAAAGGCCAGAGGAUGGAAUAGCACUUCAGGCGCAUACCCAGAGAGUGUCUUCGAGGAACUUGUUGUACGGUUCGAGGAACCAGACUCGAGGACAAAGUGGGAUUCGCCAUUGUUUGUGGUAGUGCCAGAGGAUGAAAAAUUGCCCGAGGACGAGAUCUGGGACGCAUUAAUCUUGAAGAAGGCGAAACCACCAAAUCUAUCGACUGUCGUAAAAGUGGUCAAGGAAACUAAUUAUCUAUACGAGUUUGAUCAGACGACCCAGAAUGUGAUCCAAGCAAUCCUGGACGCACAAAAAUCCGGCGAUCCGACUAGACAGAUCAAGGCACCGUUGUCGAACAUCCUGCUGCAACUUCCACCGACAAGAGUCGUCACCCUCAGCGAGUUGCGUCGGCUCCGCCGGCAGUUUACGUCCAUUAACAAGAUGCAUACGCUGUUGGACAUGAGCCGUGUCGCUGAGGGCUUUGUAGAGUACCUCAACCAAAACCUGAACAACUAG